AUGUUUUCAAAGUCGAAAUUCUUUAAAAAAUUAGUUUCCCAGAAGAGUUGGACUAUUUUUGGUUCUCUCAGCUCCAUCCCUUCAUCCACUAGGAACUUUGUUUCAUCAGAUCUGAGAGCCAAAAAGCUCAUUUUCAGGGCCAAAAACACUGGAAUGAAGGAGUUGGACCUCAUUUUAUCAGACUUUAUCAGACAUAAUCCAGACGUACUUGAGUCCCACCACCAGGAGUUCGAGUCCCUUUUGGACAUGGAGACUUGUCACAUUUACGACAUUGUAAUGGGUAGAACUCGCCAUGAUUUGUCUCUUUAUAGGAGAAUUUGUGAUUUCGCACUAAAGAAAGUUAAGCCAAACAACUAA